AUGCGAAGAGUCAGAGAUUUGGAAUUUGUUCCUUUUGAUCUGAAAAUUGAAAUUACUUUUCGAAGACUUCAGAGGGAGAAUCAACAAGUUUUGACUCAACGCGAAGUAAUGGUUGAUCAAGAACAAAACAAGUCCUUUCGAGAAUAUGCUUCGGUAAACCCCGUUAAUCCUCUGCUUCUUUUAGAAAAAGCUAGGCAAAGGAGUAGGCAACCCCGUGCUGAUCUAAUAAAGGACCAAAGCUUUAGGAGGAAUAGGCAAAGUGAUACCUUGGAGAAGGUUAAUCAAAUUCUGGUUAAGUUUGAAUGUGACAGAGACAAAAGAAUUAGAGAAAAAGAUAGUGAUCGGCCUAGCAUGCAAUUAUCGGCACUUAUGGUCCAUUGCAGAUAGGUCAAGGCAUCUCAUAGCAUUUCAUUGCAAGUCACUCUGCUACUAGAGGUCAAGUCGUAGCACUUUGUUUAUUUAAUUGUAAAUGGAUAAUGGCCUUGAUAUAAGUAUUAAACUGGAGACUUUAGACCUCAUUCUAUAUACUUAUGAUUAUAUGUUUUAAAGAUUGAAUUGAUU